UCAUUCAUCUUGACCUCUUAAAGAAAUCACUAGGGUUUUCCAGAAGAAGAGCAGCGCCGUAUUCUCUCUCCUCUCAAAGGUUUCUCAGUCGAACCAAAAAUGGGACACUCUAACAUCUGGAACGCUCACCCUAAGAAUUAUGGUCCUGGAUCUCGUGCUUGCCGUGUUUGUGGCAACCCUCACGCAAUUAUUCGCAAGUAUGGAUUGAUGUGCUGCAGACAGUGCUUCCGUAGCAACGCUAAGGAAAUCGGUUUCAUCAAGUACCGUUAAACAGCUGAAGUUGUGUUAUGCACUUAUGGAAGAAGCUGUUCCGGAGAUCUCAUACUGUUAUUUUUAAGUUUUUGACUUGAAACUCUAGAAUGCCGAACACAUUACUUGUCUUUAAAUUUUGUUAUUGAAUGUAGUUGGUUUAGAUUCUUGAGUACUUGGCAUUUAUUAUGCUUCUAUGGUAAAUGUGUUGGUUGCUUUAUUUUAA